AGCAUGCAAGCUUGUUGUCGUUUGGCCUGCUGUGGUGAAGGUUUGGCUGGCGGAGAGAGAGGUGCGUACUCCGCAGGGAUUACUUUGCUCCGAAUAAUUGAUCCUGAAUAGUGAAUUUAAUCGUUGGAACCGUCCAGUGUACGAACUUUGUUCAGUAUUGAACAUGAGAUCGUCUAAGGUGUAACAUUUUUGUGCUCUGACUCUGAAUGACGAAAAAUGUAAAGCCGAUACUGUUCAACCGCGGUCUCACGUUCGCUGUAAACAUUAGUGGAAACGAGUCGCGAAAGCGUUCUGUGAACGCAGUUCAUUUGAUAAAUUUUAUCUGCAUAGUCACCCUUGAUCGCAGAGAGGCAUUUUUCUCAAAAUGUCAUCGAAUUCGAAACGUGGACCAAACCGUAAUGCUAGAGUUUCUAUUGAUGUCGAAAUAAGCGAUCUUUCUGCGGUCGUCGUCCACAAUUUGGAAUAUGCUGUCGACAAGGUUCUUCUUGGGGAGCUUUUUUCUCAGGCUGGCCCAGUAGUCGAUGUGAGCUUAUUUGACGAAGAAGACGGAAAAGUAGCCUUGGUGUACUUUCCGGCUGAAGAAUCGUCUUUGUAUGCGAUUCAUUUGAUGCAAGGUAUUAAGCUCUUUCACCGACCUCUUUAUUGUGAGCUCUUGGUACUUGACACCACUCAAAUACAAGCGCAGAAUCAAGGAGCGUCACAGAAUCGCACGCCGAAUAAUCAUCCAAAACGAAAUCCCUGGCGCAAUAAUGACGAGAAGUCCACGGCUGGGCGGCAGUUUCGUGGUAGCGAGGGCCCGUCGGGUAUUAGCCCUGUAUCAAUGCCGUAUUCCUCCCGACCACAGCCCCAAUACGGGUUUAUGCAUUCUUAUGAGAACCCCGGGUACCCCCCACCACAACCAAUGAUGUAUCCGUGUAACGACAACCACGGAUCCUACGGGAAACAGCAUUCGAGUACUCCUACUCAGCAUUAUCGACGUAGACGCUGA